AAAUCACACGCCGCCGCGCGACUCACAAACGCCUCACGCCACGCAAAAAUGAUCCUCACAAAUUGCGCCGCCUGCGCCGCCCCACUGGCCCACGACGCGCCUGGAUGUGCGAGGUGCUUAACAAGAUACUUAGAGUUUUAAUAGCCAGUUUCUUGGGUAGUAGGACCUGCCAGAUGGACCACAUCCGCCGCGGGCACGAGCAGAUCUGCGAUGAAAUUCGCCGCGGCGGCGGCGGCGAACAAUACCACGCCGAGAAAAAAUACAAGGAGGCUGUCGCGGUCGCGGUCGAGAAAUGCGCGGCAGACACGGCGGGCCAGACAUGCUACAUCUGUCUGGAGGAUGGCUCUGAAGAGGGCCUCGUGCGCAUGUGCGCGUGCCGCGGGGCGGCGGGCUUCGCCCACAUUUCGUGUCUGGCGCGGCAGGCGGAGGUCGCGGUCGAGCGCGUCGGGCAAGGGCGAGGCUGGGGGCGGUGGUACACGUGCGGUCUGUGCGAGCAAGUUUACCACGGCGUCGUAGAAUGUGCGCUCGGGUGGGCGUGCUGGAAGACGUACUUGGGUCGGCCGGAGACGGACGACCCUCGGCUGGAUGCGAUGACGCAGCUUGGGAACGGUUUACUCGCUGUAAAUCGCCUCGAGGAGGCGUUGUCCGUGAGAGAGGCCCAGUUGUCUAUGCUUCGGCGCCUUGGCGUACCAGAAAAAGAGAUGCUCGUGUCGAUGGGAAAUCUUGCAAUCACGUAUUCAAAGCUGGGACGAGGUGGAGAGGCCCUACGGGUCAACCGAGAUGUAUAUUUCGCACGUGUGAGGCUCGACGGCGAGGAAAAUGAAAUGACCAUGCACGCAGCCACCAACUACGCGUGGACCCUACAAGAGAUCGUGAGCUCGAUUUGCAAGACGCGCGAGCCGCCCUCCGCGCCCCGACUGAGCGUGCCCUGCGAGACGCGCGAGCCGCGCUCCGCGCCACGCCGUGAUAGUGUGUAA